GUCAGUGUUAAGCUUGAAGAAGAUGGUGAAUCAAACUCUGAACUGGAAAUAACUGGAGUGGAACCGGGUCAGGUACGGCUGGUUCCCAAGACUCCUGGGAUCCCAACGUUUCCAUGGGUAUGGCCUUCGACACAAGUGGCCUGGGGGAUACGACGACCAACCUGAGCGCCGACCAGAGCUUCAGAUUGCCAACAUUAUCAAGGUUUACAUGUCACAUCUGUGGCAAGGUUAGCAAGACACGCCAGCACAUGGAGUAUCACAUGAGAGUGCAUACGGGGGAGAAACCUUUUGGCUGCAGGUUCUGUGGGAAGAGGUUCAGACACCAGCACCAUAUGAGACAGCACACCGUGAACACGCACCAUCGAGAGUUGGGCCUCACCUUGCCAGGGGGCAUGUGAGAUAUGAACACUGGACCUGACCUUGCCUGGGUGCAUUUAAUGUGUAAACGCUGGGCCACACCUUAACUGGGGGCAUUUGAUAUGUGAACACUGGGGCUGAACUUGUUUAGGUUACAUGUGACUGUUGAAAACUUAGUGAAACAUUGCAUGAGAUUGGCAUGAAGAAUGGGAAUCAUCUUACCUUGGGAAAUGUAAGUGGUAAAGAGUUAAAUACGUAUCUAAGUAGUAAAGGGUUAAAUAUGUAUCUAAGUGGUAAAGGGUUAAAUACGUAUCUAAGUGGUAAAGGGUUAAAUAUGUAUCUAAGUGGUAAAGGGUUAAAUAUGUAUCUAACUGGUAAAGGGUUAAAUAUGUAAGUGGUAAAGGGUUAAAUACGUAUCUAAGUGGUAAAGGGUUAAAUACGUAUCUAAGUGGUAAAGGGUUAAAUACGUAUCUAAGUGGUAAAGGGUUAAAUACGUGUCUAAGUGGUAAAGGGUUAAAUGCGAAUCUAAGUGGUAAAGGGUUAAAUACGUAUCUUAGUGGUAAAGGGUUAAAUACGUAUCUAAGUUGUAAAGGGUUAAAUCCAUAUGUAAGUGGUAAAGGGUUUAAUACGUAUCUAAGUGGUAAAGGGUUAAAUACGUAUCUAAGUGGUAAAGGAUUAAAUACGUAUCUAAGUGGUAAAGGGUUAAAUACGUAUCUAAGUGGUAAAGGGUGAAAUACAUUUGUAAGUGGUAAAGGGUUAAAUAUGUAUCUAAGUGGUAAAGGGUUAAAAACAUAUCUAAGUGGUAAAGGGUUAAAUACGUAUCUAAGUGGUAAAGGGUUAAAUACAUAUCGAAGUGGUAAAGGGUUAAAUACGUAUCUAAGUGGUAAAGGGUUAAAGACGUAUCUAAGUGGUAAAGGGUUAAAUACGUAUCUAAGUGGUAAAGGGUUAAGCCCUGUUUUCCCUGAGCGAGGUUCAGGCACAAGCUAUGUGCUCCAGAAACAAGGAGAUCAUCUUACACAUUUAAUGUAUUUGAGAGUUGUUAGUUAACAUGGUUUGUUAGUGUUUUUUCGUUGAAUUGAAAGGGAGGACAAAAAUUUAACAUUGCUUUGCUAGUGGUAAAGGUAUGUUUGAACAUUUGACACCAAUGAUAAUAUACUGUUGUGUUCAAAUUUGCAUUUAUCAUUUGUGUUGUUCUAGUCUGCGUUUAUUACUUGUUAUGUUAUUGUGUUUUUUUAGCUCGGCUGGUUUCGGAGACAAACCGAGGUUACUGUCAUAGCCAGCUCAUCGUCCGCCGUCUGACGUCCGCCGUCCGCGUCUUGCUAAAACCUUUACAUUUUGCUCUAAAAUCAAAGUGCUUCCACAUACAACUUUAAACUUCAUAUGUAGAUGCACCUUGAUGAGCUCUACACGCCACACCCAUUUUGGGGUCACUAGGUCAAAGGUCAAGGUCACUGUGACCUCUAAAAAAAAGAAAAAAGAAUUCUGACAAGCUUUCUUUUAUUAAAAAAUGCACCCGCAGCCGAGCGUGGCACCCGUUAUGCAGUGCUCUUGUUUAAAUAUAUUGUAAAAAUGGUUUUUGCUAUGUACCGGUAUUUGAAUUGCAUUGCAAGUGUGGCAAUAAACAGAGUUAAAAUAUA